AUGUACAUACGGUACAUCUUUGACAAGCGCACGGUCUACGGGGAAUACCACCGCCUCGUCCAGGAGCUGCGAGAGAGUGACCCCGAAUACUACUUCAAGUAUUUCAGGAUGACCAAAGCUUCAUUUGAUCGGCUGUUUAGCCUUGUGUAUCACCGAAUCCUCCACGCACCAACGCACAGGAUGCCAAUCUCUCCUGGAGAAAGGCUCGCAGUUACGUUGAGAUUCCUGGCUGCCGGAGGAUCAAUGCAGGAUUUGGCCAUGAGCUACAGAAUGCACGCCUUGACAGUCUCAGGGAUUCUGAGAGAAACCUUGCCGGCCAUCUGGGACUGACUGUCUGUCUCCUGUG